AUGUCCGCGCAAGGUGUGUUUUACUGCGGCUGCCUAACAAACCUUGUGUCUGACCAUAUACAUGCAUCUGGCAGCUACGAGUGCGCCUCCCGGGAGGAACCUGACCCACUUCGUCAAUGUUCUGAAGGUGAAGCUGUAUCGAUGUGGUUAAAUAUAUUCAUGAUGCUGUCCAGUAUUGCUUCGACUUCCAUCUUCUUUUCGCAUGACUUGGGUCCCGCCUUCUCACCGAGACUUCUGCGUUCUCACAAGGAACCAUACAUUAGCAUGCUGUUUGCAAUAUCGUGGCUUUCUCCUCUGCCCUCAUUUUGCGGUAGGGACCCGAGUCGCACCAUGAGGCCUCCUCCAGGUUUUUAUCCUUAUGCGCUUCUCUUUACUCUCUUUUCCGCGCCGAAUGUGGUGGCCGAGCCCUUGGUCAACUUUCAACUCACACAGCCACCAGUCGUUCCUAAGAAUGGAAAAAGCUGUACUGUCAGGCUUUUGAAGCCGCCUACCGAAUGUGGGCCUGUAGGGACUUGGGCAUCAAUCACGCUGAACUUUACUGCAGCCAUCAAUGGGACACAGUACGAUCGCCUCGGGAUCUUCACUUUUCAUAAUGUGGAGACCUGGUUUGGAUGGUGUAUUUUCAAUUCUGGCCACGCUCAUGGGACACCAGCAACCGUGGAUGCCACUUUCUAUGCCUCAUCCCUCCAGGACCCCCCGGUGAAACAAGCGGAUCUCAUUAUCCCAUUGUCUACGAUGAAGCCCAACGAAGGGAACCAUGCCUCUGUUCCACCUGGUUUCUCGAAUUCUGUCCAAGUUUAUGCUGAACUACACGCUUCCGGGAAUGCCAACGAAGAGUUCUGGUACCUGAAUGCCGCUAACGAAUACCUUGACGAUCUUCCACCAGGUACCACCUCCGGACAAGGACCACUCCGCGAGGUCCGUUUACUUGUAGACGGGCGAGUGGCAGGAGUAGCCUUUCCGUACGCCACAAUCUUCACCGGCGGUUUUGUACCGGCCGCUUGGAAGCCAAUCCCAGCAUACCCAGCUCACGACCUCCCGACCUACUUCAUUGACCUCACGCCUUUCGUACCCCUCUUAGCCGACGGGAACCCACAUACCUUUACCAUCGACGUCGCAUCCGCCGAACAUGACCGUGCCAUCCUCGAAAACUGGUAUGUCUCCGGCAUACUCCAAGUCUUCACUUCCAAGUCGGCGUCUCGGCCUACGCGAGGCAGGAUUACAGAGUACCAAGCCCAGCCUUACGCUCAAUCAAGAGUCUCUGGUCAAGUCGAUUCGGAGACAGGCGAAGUAAAUAUCAGCGUGGAAGCAACGAGAAAGCUACUGAUCGAAGCGGAGGUUGUGGAGGGGAACGGGAAGGUGAACAGGGUGAGGUGGUCGCAGGACCUCAGUUUCAGGAACCGACAAACCUUUUCGGACGGUGGUUCGGUCAUGAAGGUCCAACAAUCGACAUCAGGUCGCGUCGCGUCGAGACAUAACGGCGCGCCUGUCGUAUAUGACACGUUCGACUACCCAUUGGAAUUCAACUUCACCAUCUCAGGUCCCGACUUCACGCAUCGAAAAUUGGAAGUUGACCACAUCUACGACCGUGAUCUACUUCCGUUCCCAAUUGUCACCCGCUACAGGAUUUUCAACCACCAAAUUGCCGGUAAGGCGACUUCUCUCUAUGCCUUUCGAAUGGCUGAUUCAUUCCUGCAUUCAGAUGGCCUGUAUACGAUUUCGCCAACUGGAAACUUUGGCAAUGGAAGUAACAGCAACAUCUUCAGCUACGCCGACGAGGAAGGGAAUACGUACAGACGAAGGGUCAACGCUUCUUUCAACAACAUUAGCCUGGACGAAAUCAGCGGUACCCUGGCUACCAAACAUCCCCACCGAUUUGCCUACAGUUUACCCUCACUCGAUGAGCAUAGGAUUGAAACGGCUCGGUUACCAGGUCACCCUCUUCCGAACCUGUAA